GAGGUGGAGUCUGGUGUUCAGAGGGUGGAAACCCCAGCAGAACAGGAGGAAAAAAAAGAGAAAAACCACCAGACACAACAAUAUCGGGGGGAGGACGGUGAAUUAACAGCACAAAUUGAGAUUAUUAAAAUAAAAAAGAGCCACUGUGAAGAAGGGAGAAAAAGCAAGAUGAUAACGCCCUAUUUCCUGGAACAUUUCUGGGGCGAAAAAAACAAUGGAUUUGAUGUACUGUACCAUAACAUGAAACAUGGCCAGAUAUCCAGCAAGGAGCUAGCAGACUUCAUCAGAGAAAGAGCGACCAUAGAGGAGGCAUAUUCAAGAUCAAUGACCAAACUGGCCAAGACUGCCAGCAACUUUUCUCAGCUAGGGACAUUUGCACCGGUGUGGGAUGUGUUUAAACUGUCCACAGAGAAACUGGCAGCGUGUCACAUGGAGCUGGUCCGCAAGCUGCAAGAACUCAUCAAGGAAGUCCAGAAAUAUGUGGAGGAACAAGCCAAAAAUCAUAAGAAGACAAAAGAGGAGGUGGCAUCCACACUGGAGGCUGUACAGAAUAUCCAGAGUGUGUCACAGGCCUUACAAAAGAGCAAAGAGAACUAUGCCAACAAGUCCCUAGAGCAAGAGCGGAUGCGUAAAGAGGGAGCCGCACAAAGAGACCUGGACAAGGCCGGAUUGAAGGUCAAAAAAGCCACUGAGACCUACAAAUCAUAUGUGGAGAAAUAUGCCACUGCGAAGACAGAAUUUGAGCAAAAAAUGACUGAAACUGCACAGAAAUUACAGGGCAUUGAAGAAGAACAUAUCCUGCGUAUGCAGGAGAUUAUCCAUUCAUACUCACAGUCUGUUGAAGAGACACACAUACAGAUCGGAGAGGUGCAAAAUGAGUUUGUGAACAACAUGGAGAACACUUCCGUUGAGAGCCUCAUACAGAAACUAGCAGAAAGCAAAGGCACGGGCAAAGAGAGACCAGGGCCCAUUGAAUUUGAGGAAUGCAAUGUCUCCAUUGCCACAGAAGGUGCCAAACCAAGAAAAAGGAAGACCUUUGUCAUUCCAGGCCGACGAAGAGACAAAGACACGGAUUCCACUGAAUCGGCUGAAGUAGAAGCUGUUAACGCUUCCAAUGGAGCUCCCCCAGGUUUAUAUGGUGCUAUAGAUCUUCAGAACGCUAAUGUGCCUCAGUUAGAUGAAGAGGGCUUCUGUAUUCGGCCUGAAGUCAACGAGAAUGAUGCCAGAGAGAACUCCUUUUAUUCGUCCAGUGACUCAGAGGAUGAAGAUGAGCCAAGAAAGUUCCAUGUUAAGAUCAAACCUGUGCAGACCAACAAUGGCACACACCAGCACAAAGCCACCAUUGACGAGCUGAAGGCCUCUAUUGGAAACAUCACCCUCUCGCCCAAUGCUGUUCAUAUGAAGAGGAACCAAUCCAGUGAUGAGCUGGGACGACCCAAGAUAUUACAACCACCAUUUAACGAUAGACUAGACCUGCUGUCUUUGGAUCCAUUUGGCCCAACCAGCACUGGCUCUGCCUCCUCUGUUCCUCCCUCAUCAGACCUGGCUUCUCUCUUAUUAUCACCUUUCCCUACAUCUCCCCCAAUGCAGUUAAAUGAUGAGGUCUUUGAAGACCCAGAAGUGGAUUUGCUGUCGGAGCCCACCUCUCCUUCAGCUGUCAGUCUUGAGGUUGCUGAGGCUCCUGCUCUUCCCCUUCCCUACAAAAUCCUUCCUUUCAGCCUUGCCAACUCAGGCCCCCUGCCGUUCCCUACCCUCCCCUCUCCUCCCUCCACCUCUCCUUGGGAGCUCCCUGAUGAGGCUUUUGCCCUCCUCAACCCUGCUCCCACUAGAGCUAUGAGUGUGCCUCCAGCCCUACAGGCUACUCCUAAGAACUACACUACCCAAAUGCCCCCUCUCAGUGCUCCCGCCACUGGUCCAGACAUGCUUUCUUUUUGGGCCCAGAGCCAGUGGAUUGCCUUUAAUGAUGCCUUUGUGCCAUGCCGUGGACCCUCCCAUCUGCCAGCAGGGCCUCAGUCAGUGCCCGUGUCUCAACAGCUAAAGCUUUUCUCCAGAGAGCCUACAGACCCAUUUGCGAAUAUUAGGAGAGAGGAAAGUGCCUCCUCUCUGAAGGAAGUAGCAGCCAGACCCAUGCAGGAUGUACCACCCCCAAACAGGCCAACCACUCCCCUGGGCACAGCAGGCAUUGUGCCACCUCCAAGACCAUUAUCACGGCCCAAACUGCCUGCAGGAAAGCUGACGGGCAUCAAUGAGGCUGGCCGACCAUUCAGCCCUUCUAAGCUGUCUAACUCCAGCCCUCCUCCUGCUCCACUGGCUCGAGCUGAGAGCUCCUCCUCUCUCAGCUCCAACACCUCGCUGAGCACCAGCAACACACCUACUGUCGAGGACGAUGUGUUUGUGGGGAAACUGCCCACAUUUGAGAAGAGAUGUGAGACUCCUGCAGUGACAUCUCGUGGGCCCAGUCCAGUGACACUGUCUUCCCUGGAUGCGUUGCCCAUAGCUGUGGCAUUCACAGAGUCAGUUAAUGCCUAUUUCAAAGGAGCAGAUCCCAGCAAGUGCAUUGUGAAGAUCACAGGAGACAUGACCCUCUCCUUCCCCAGUGGCAUCAUCAAGAUUUUCACCUCAAGUCCAUCUCCUGCCGUACUCAGCUUCAAACUCUUAAAUACUAGCAGACUAGAGCAAAUUAUGCCCAAUCAGCAACUACUGCACAGUGACUCCUCCCAGAGUGACACAAACACUAAGGACUUUUGGCUGAACAUGCCUGUACUGACAGCAUACCUCAGAAAGAGCUCUGAGCAGAACCCUGCUGCAUCCUAUUACAAUGUGGACAUUCUCAAGUACCAGGUAUGUUCAAAUGGGAUUCAGUCGACACCUCUGAACCUCGUAGUGUAUUGGAAAUGCGGCCCUAGUACCACAGACCUGCGGGUGGACUAUCGAUACAACCCAGAAGCCAUGCAGCCUCCAGCAACACUCACCAAUGUACAGGUGUUAGUGCCCGUCAGUGGUGGAGUCACCAAUAUGCAGUCGCUCCCCAACGCCAUCUGGAAUGCAGAACAGAAUAAGUCGUUAUGGAAACUGAGUGACAUCUCUGACAAGUCUGAAAAUGAAGGCUCUGGUUCUUUGAGGGCAAAGUUUGAGCUGUCCGAUGGCCCAUCCAUCCCUGCCACCCUGGCUGUUCAGUUCUUCAGCGAAGGCAGCACUAUGUCAGGUGUAGACAUGGAACUAGUAGGCUCUGGUUACCGACUCUCUCUCAAUAAGAAGAGAUUUGCCACUGGUCGCUAUAUGGCAGACUGUUGAGAUCUGAGAAGAGGCCCAUCCACUCUCAAAUGCAGGGAAUCUGGAGUUUAAUUUCUGUUCAUUGACGUAUUCUCUCACUGGUUCUGUAUUAUAUUUAUGGAGGAUCUUUAGAGGGGCUGUCUGUGUGAAGGCCUCUCAUGCAUCUGUUUCCUCUGCAUGUCCUGAAUGAUGCAGUUCCAGUGAAGCAUCUUUCUGGAGACGGGAGGUUUUUAUACUACACUAACGUAGCACUGAGUAUCAAACACUGUAAAAAAUAAAACAAAAAAGUAAAAAGAAGGAAUGUCAAGAUAUUGGUAAAUUAAAUCAUUAAUCUUUGAUACUUUUUGAUCUAUUCAGACUUUUAUAAAGUCAGAACAGUAGUGCUUGUUUUUUUUAUAUAUAUAUGUAUUGUUAACAAUUUGUAAUAUGAAUUAUAUAUGUAUAAACACAGCAUAUCUAAGCAAAAAAAGGAAAAAAAUAACACUGCACUAACAAUCUUUCUGGACAUUUUAAAGCAUUAAUUUCUCCUUUGUAUUCACUGAAAAGUCAGUUGCAAUGGCAAUGAAGAGAACAAAAGGAGAAAAAAUAAGGAAAAAAGGAGAGACAAGAGAUAAUGCCUCAGCAAUAUAUCACUUCAUGCUCACAAGAAUGCCUUACUUUUUGUCCAAAACACCAUUGGUCAUUUACAUAGCGGAGCUUUAAAUUUUUCCCCCUUAUUUCCUUUGUUUUUAGGUGUUCCUUUAUACUUUUAUGUUGUUGUUGUUUUUAUUUCAUUAUGAAUGUGCAAUGAAGGUAUAAGCUUUCAAAAUGUAUGGAUUUUUGUUCUACUUUAGUGCCAUUUUCACCUUAACGUUGACAAGAGAACUUGUUAGUUGUGUUGUCUUGUGUAACAGCAAAAGGAAACUUAUACACUGACCUCAGUGCCUCUUUUGUUACUUAAACAUGUCUAUGUUUCUGUACAGUUAAGUAUGAAAAUCUUUUCCCCCUUUUUUUUUUUUUUUAUCUUUUCAUGACUUUUCAUCAUACAAUGUACUUUAUUUUUUAAGUGCCAGUUCAGUUCUAUACUUCCUGAUAGGAUAUUGAAGGGAAAUCAUGUUAAUACUUUGGCCUUUGACCUUCAAACUCCUUUAGAGUACUUUACCCAAACAGGUCACUUCAUAGCAUUGUGUCAUGUUUAUAGACAUUAUCAGGUUGGCGUUGCCCACAUUUUUAAGCAAAUGCUCUGGGCAGGCCUUGUAGAUGCGGAAGUCUGCAUAAAUCCUACCAAAAUACCCAGUGAAUAAUGAUCAUUGUGAGAUUAUACUAAUGGCAAACACUGACCUGGUGUUAAAACUCUUGACAUUUUGGAGGGAUCCUUAUUGAACAGACCAAAAAGUUAUGAAUAUUAGCAUAUACGCAAAAUGAAUUAUAAGCAUGCAUGCUAUUCGGUGUAGCUGAUUAACAAUGGGCUACCAAUUUUUCAACUAAAGCCCAGUUCAGAUGGGAUUAGCUUUAUAUGGGGACGUGGUGUAUUGUAAUAAUUACAAGAGCUUCUCCAUGAUUUUAGAAGUUGUUUUUGGCUCAAAUUCUCCAAUUAAUGUGUAUUUAGUGUAUUUGCCAAAUACAGAUUGAAAAGCACAAUAAGAUGCAAUGAGCCAAUAGAAGUUACAGAAAAACUCUGCAUUUCUUACUGCCAGUUAUGGAUUUUAAUACUUUUAUGGCUUUAUAUAUUUUUGUAUAGUUUUGUAACAAAAGUUCAUCAACUUAUUACCAUCGAGAUUAUUCUGUCUUUAUUUCACAGUAUGUGUUAGAAACCAGCGGUGAGCAUUCAAGGUUUCAUUGGGAAAACCCUGUCUUUCCCCCAUGCAAGGGCUAUUUGCCUUGUCCUCUGUGGAGGAUAACUUCUCCAAGGGCUACACCAAUCCCUGUGAUCGCAGACGCCAUUUGUACUUUAAAAUGUAAAACACUAAAAGCCAACAAUGACGGACCUUGAUGAAUCUGGACAGUUUUUAGAAUGCUGUCUUGUUUUUACCAGGAACUUUUUUUCUCUUUAACAGUAGUCUAACAGUUUUGUGGAGUAACAAAGUGAAGAUUUUAUAUUGAGAAUCCUCACCCAUUCAUAUAAAGUUUUUAAAUAUUUGUGAUAUUAAUUAAUGUGCAUUGGGUAUGAAUUUUGGUGUAGGUACUGCAUCAAGAAAAUACAGAGGUAGAAAUCAGCUGAUGAACAUCCAGGUCAAUGUAGCAUCCAAAUAUAAUACAUUAUUGGCUUCUUACAGUGAAUAUGCAUGAAUUAAUUGUGUAACUAGCAAGCUGGUUUUGCUGCCUCUACAGCCAACACAUGAAAGUCAUUCUGGAGCAUUAAAAAACAGGUCUCUUCUUUGAUUUCUUUCUUCUUUUUAUGUCCACAUUCAAUGGCACGUUAAAAGAUUUGUGAAAGUCAUUUUUGUGUGUGUGUGUGUGUUUGUGUGUACUCGCACAAUGUACAUUUUUACAAAGAUUUUUCCAUUUUCUCUACUUUAUGAUGCUCUGUGUCUGUAAUAAAUGUGUAAUAUAUAAAUCUAUACAAAUAUAAGAAAUACUACAGAA